AUGGCUGUGACCGGAGGUGAUGAUGGCUGGCUGACAUUGUUCUUCGUUAUUUGUUGGAAGAAUUGGAACUGGCGUAAUGAGAUGGUGCAUGGUACUGCUUUACCGAAUAUGAUCGUGAAGAAGAGUAUCAUUGGCGAAUUAGUGAGGAAUAUACAUGAUGCUUGGAGUCAUGCUCUUGGUAAUAUGCCUCAGAAAAUUUCGAUGCAAAUUGAUGUUGCCUGGCAAUUUCCGAUUGAGCUCUGGGGUGUUCUUCGGGGUCUGGAGUUGACUUGGAGAGAGGGGUAUCGUAACAUAAUUAUUGAAAGUGACUCAUCUAGUGUGAUCACUGUGCUUACCAUGAAUGGUGAAGCAGUCCGUGAGUGUCAUCUGAUAGCUCGCAUACGGACAUGGUUAAAUAGAAGCUGGUCAGUUAAUCUCAUGCAUACGUAUAGGGAAGGGAAUGUUUGUGUUAAUUGGAUGACAAAUUCUAUUCUGGAUUUGGAAGAUCACAUCCCGUUUAAAAUUUGGCGUGAUCCUCCACCUGGUAUACAACAUCUGCUUUUUGGUGAUUUAACUGUUGUCGACAGAUCUAGGACAGUGGUGUGUAGGUUUUAG